AUGUUUGCGCGUCAAUGUGCCCGUCUAGCUACCUCCCGGACAGCUGUCCCAUUGACCUCCUUCUUAGCUCGGGCACGUCCCUACUCCACCGGUUCAAGCUAUGAACACAUCCUCACCUCGACCCCAAAGCCUGGUGUUGGUAUGAUCACCCUUAACCGACCAAAGGCCCUGAAUGCGCUUUGCAGCCCUCUUAUGACGGAGCUGAACGAUGCAUUGAGCAAGUACGACGCUGAUAAGGAUGUCGGCGCGAUUAUUAUUACUGGCAGCGAGAAGGCUUUUGCAGCCGGAGCCGACAUCAAAGAAAUGGCACCCCUGACCUUCGCCGCGGCAUACAACGCUAACUUUAUCGCACCCUGGUCCCACCUAGCAACCAGCAUCCGCAAACCCGUCAUCGCUGCUGUAUCAGGUUACGCCCUAGGCGGUGGAUGCGAGCUCGCAUUGAUGUGCGACAUCAUUUACUGCAGCAGCAACGCCACAUUUGGACAGCCAGAGAUCAAGCUUGGCGUCAUUCCCGGUGCAGGUGGAUCACAGCGCCUGACUGCGGCCGUUGGCAAGAGCAAAGCCAUGGAGCUGAUUCUCACGGGCAAGAAUUUCAGCGGAAAGGAGGCUGGCGCAUGGGGAGUCGCGGCGGAGGUUGUUGAGGGUGGACACCAGGAAUUGCUUGAUGUCGCGUUUAAGACCGCCGAGAAGAUUGCGGGCAAUAGUCGGGUCGCUACCCUUGCGGCGAAGGAAGUCGUUAAUAAGAGCCAGGAACUGUCAUUGCGGGAGGGUGUUGAGUAUGAGAGGAGACUCUUCCAUGGGUUGUUUGGUAGCAAGGAUCAAAAGAUUGGGAUGAGUGCUUUCGCCGAGAAGAAGAAGCCUGAGUGGUCGCACGAGUAA